ACGCUGUACGACAGUACGCAGUACGCUUGGUUGGAUUGGUCUCUGCUUUGUGUGUGUGUGUGUGUUUGUGUGCGUAUAUGUGUUUCUGUCCCUCUUUCUGUGUUUGGUGCAGAAUGAGGAAGUGCUGUUGAGGUUGAACUUUGAGCUUUGGCAGAUAAUGGAGGAUCUUACUUGACUGCCUCUCACGCAGUGGAGAAGAGAGAGCGAGAGAGGCACAGAUCGAUAGAAACAGAGAGAGAGAGAGAAAGAGAGAGAGGGAGAGCAACAGAGUCAGACACAGAGAGACAUAGACCGAGAAUGAGAUAGAGAUAGAGAAAGGGAAAGGAGGAAUCGAAAUGAAAAAGAACAGAAAAGUAGCCCAAGAGACCGUGAGAGGUUCUGUUUUUGUGUGACCAGUGUCAUUUCAUUUCCAUGGCAGUCAGCAGCGUUAUGCAAACUCUGAAGUUCCCCACCAAGAACCUGUGCAAGAGGGGACUGUCACACCACUGUUUUUUUUUAAUUCCUUCCUUCAUUUCAUCUCUUCUCUUCCCCUCUUCAAUGUCUUCUGUAUUUUUUUUCUACAGUCUGGGCAGGUUUUCUGCGUGGCGUCUUUGGGGGGGUUGUAGAAGAAAGCCAGACAUUUUGAUGGGCAGGUGCUCGAAAAGGGGUGAGGGUCAUGUGGAACUUCUAGCUGCCUUUCUAGGCUAUAGAGUCUGUAUAUUAUAUCUGGGCAAUAUUGGUCCAUGGUCCAUCAGGGACCAUGUUGGAAAUAAGUGUUUACGCUUUUACAUGUUAUCCCUUGGAUACCUUAUGUCUUCCUAUAUCCAUAAACAAACCAAACCAAACCAAUAUUGUCACAUGCUUUUGAUUGUCAAGCAUUUAUAGAUGAUCAUGUCAACAUGGACUACAGUACAUUGACAAAAAAAAAAAUCACUUUCACAAAGGGGCAUUUUUUUGUCCAGUAAGGCAAACGGGCGCAGGUGUUUUAGCACCACCUCAUCGCUAUCUGUGCACGCCUAGAUGUCAGUUUUGGUGGCUAAGAGAACGAGUGAGCGUGUUGUAUACUACGUACGCAUGCGAGUGUGUUAUUUUUGAGCUCUGAAAGAGGGAACUGAAGACGGCUGCAGACAAAAGAGCGACAGAACAAAAAAAGGAGCAUAGACCAGAACAACAGAACUACGUAGGAGAGGUCUCACCCUCAUCCAUCUCCUCUGCUGCCCUGCACUGCUCUGUGCUGCCAGUGUCGAGAGAGAGAGAGAGAGAGAGAGAGAGAGAGAGAGAGAGAGAGAGAGAGAGAGAGAGAGAGAGAGAGAGAGAGAGAGAGAGAUUGGGGUUGUCAGAUCUUCUGCAAGUCGGCCUUGUUUCUUCACCCUAUACGCUCUGUGAGACGACUGAAAGGAAGGAAGACAUUUGACGCAAAGUGAAAUAGUGAGAGACACAGCCACAGAGAGAGAGAGAGAGAGAGGAAGAGGGGGUCAGAGGGAGGGCCGGGUGCAGACGUACGUAUAAAGAGCAAAGAGAUCACUUCUUCACGGAGGAGCUGAAAAGAGUGUGACACAGAGGAAAGGCAGACAUGGUUCGGUGGUUCCAUAGAGACUUGUCUGGCAUAGACGCGGAGAGUAUCCUGAAGUCGAGAGGCGUCCAUGGCAGCUUUCUGGCCCGGCCCAGCAAGAAGAACCAGGGGGAUUUCUCACUGUCCGUCAGGGUUGGUGAUGCGGUGACCCAUAUACGCAUCCAGAACACGGGCGACUUCUACGACCUGUACGGGGGCGAGAAGUUUGCCACGCUGUCCGAGCUGGUGGACUACUACACAGCCGACAACGGCAUCCUGCAGGACAAGGACGGCACUAUCAUCGAGCUCAAGUACCCCCUGAACAGCUCCGACCCCACCUCAGAAAGAUGGUAUCACGGCCACCUGUCAGGGCCAAACGCAGAGAAGCUGCUGAGGGAGAGAGACGAGCCCGGAACCUUCCUGAUGCGAGAGUCCCUCUCCAAACCGGGAGACUUCGUCCUCUCAGCACUCACCGACGAGCCCAGCAAAUCAGGAGGGAAGAGGGUCUCGCACAUCAAGAUCAUAUGCCAGAAUGACAGAUACACGAUUGGUGGAGCGGAGGCAUUCGACUCCCUGCUUGAUCUGGUGGAGCAUUUCAAGAAGAAGGGCAUCGAGGAGGUGUCCGGAGCCUGGGUGCACCUGCGGCAGCCAUACUACUCCACGCGUGUGAAUGCGGCGGACAUCGACAGCCGGGUGAAGCUGCUGGACCAGACGGCAGAGGGAGAGUCCCAGGAAGGAGGGGCCGACAAGAAGAUCAAAGCGGGAUUCUGGGAAGAGUUUGACGCCCUGCAGAAGAUGGAGGCGAAGGCCAAGAAGAGUCGUAAUGAGGGCAUGAGGCCGGAGAACAAGAGCAAGAACCGCUACAAGAACAUCCUGCCCUUUGAUGAGACCAGAGUGAUUCUCCAAACCGGUGACCCCAACGUGGUGGGCUCAGAUUACAUCAAUGGCAAUUACGUAAUGAACAAGUUGCGAGAGCCCGGAGACCAGAAGAUGUACAUCGCCUGCCAGGGGUGCCUGCUCACCACCGUCGGCGACUUCUGGCAGAUGGUCUGGCAGGAGGGGUCAAGGGUCAUCGUCAUGACAACAAGGGAGGUGGAAAAGGGACGGAAUAAGUGUGUGCCCUACUGGCCAGAAAAUGGAGAGACCAAACCAUGGGGGGCAUUCUUGCUGACCGGCGUGUCGGAGAGAGACGCCACAGAUUACAAGAUCCGCGUUGUGGAGUUAGCGCCUAUGGACCAGUCGGAGCCUGCGCGGCGUAUCUGGCAGUACCAGUAUCUGAGCUGGCCCGAUCACGGCGUGCCCCAGGAGCCGGGCGGCGUGCUCAGCUUCCUCACGCAGGUCAACUCCAAACAGAUGGAGUUCCCCUCCGCUGGACCCAUGAUCAUCCACUGCAGUGCGGGCAUUGGUCGUACUGGCACUAUCAUAGUGAUUGACAUGUUGGUGGACACCAUAGACACUAAAGGUCUGGACAGUGACAUAGACAUCCAGAAGUGUAUCCAGAUGGUGCGGGAGCAGCGGUCGGGCAUGGUGCAGACGGAGGCCCAGUACAAGUUCAUCUACCUGGCUGUCAGCCACUACAUCGAGGCCACCAAGACCAAGCUCCAGGCCUGCCAGGAGACGGACACAGAGUAUGGCAACCUGAACCUCAGGCCACAGCACCCCAAGGCCAGCCGCAAGGUCUCCAAGAACAAAGAAGAGGUCUAUGAGAACUUUGGAGCGAAAGGAAAGAAGGACGUGAAGAAGCAGAAAUCGGAAGAAAAGAAGACCGGAUCUGUCAGGAAAAGAUAAAAUUAAAAAAACACAAGCUGAUAUGUGAAUACAAAAUAGAUUUGAAGGGAAAAAGGAAUGUCUUUGUACAGAAAGGUUGUAUUGAAAUAGGAUUCGGGACAGCGUUUAAGCAUUUUGGAGACGCGACUUUGAUUACAAAAGCUAUACAGUACAUGAGCGAUGAACGGGACAAGUAAGCCAGUUCACUUUGGUGGGCAAAUCUAGACCGAAAACUGUAAACAAGUCAUCCGCAGCAAUGGUGGAGAAGCGACAGACCUAUUUUAGAUAACGUUGACGUAGUUGUGAAACUGAUAACAGGAGCCCUUCGUCAUUUGUUUUGUCAAGGAAUUGAAGUCCGGACGUCUUCCGUUACCAGAUUUACAACUAGCUUUAGGCUACUUAAAGUAGGUGUAAGUUAUAAUUCAUUCACCUGCAGUAAAGCCACUGGGCCCUUAAGCUGAUUCAGUUGUAUCGUGUACACAGUGGGGCAACACUUUUUGGUACAGUUGCCUACGUCAUUGUGAAUUAACUUAUAAAUGUUUGGAUGUUUUUGCUUUGCUUUGCACCUGUGACGGUUCUAAGGGAACAUGAUUAAACAUAUCCUGGCUCUGUGUAUGUGUGUGACCCAGUGGAACCUCUUUUUGUGAUAUGGAUUUGCAGCAAAAUAAAUAAAUAAAUAAAAACAUAUUUCAUUUA